GCGCACUGUCAGACUUAUCAAAUAAAAUAUAUGCCUUUGGUGAAUUAAUUAUAUGAGGUUGCUGUUGAAACUGUACAGUAUGAGUAAGGAAUCGUCUUUGCUGUACUGAUACAACAACUCGUCUGAUCUAGCCGCGUGUCAGGUAUGUUGUUCAGGAUGGUUAAACUCCGACUACUCAACACGAUCGCACCUGCUUACUUCUACACUGCCACUGUGGUGACGUUCGCCCUGCACUUCCUACUUUUCCUCCCCAGGAUUUUCCGAACCCCGGAUGUGACGUUAAGUCCCACCAUGCUAAUCCACAUUGUGGUCCUUCUGUACCUCAUGGGAAACGCUCUGGGAAAUUACACAAUGACUGUAUGGUUCCCGUCCGAAAGUACCAAUGAGACAGUUAUCCCGGUGUGUUCACCUGACUGCCCAGACAGAAUUGAUGCCCACUACCUCUUGAAUGGUCGGCACUUCUGUAAAGUGUGUAAAAAAGUAAUUAUGAAACGGGACCACCAUUGCUUUUUCACAGGGAAUUGCAUAGGGAACAGAAACAUGCGCUACUUUAUUAUGUUCAGCAUCUACACGUCCUGUUGUUGUUUGUACUCUUUGGUAAUUGGAGUGGCCUAUCUUACAUUGGAGUACUCCAUUUCCUUUGAGAAUCCUCUGAUGUUCCUCACACUCCUACCCCUCUCCACAGGUUACUUCUUCCUUGGUAUGAUAUCAGGUCUCCAGUUCUUUCUGGUUCUAAUGCUGUACAUCUGGCUGGGUGUCGGGCUAGUGAGCGCCGGCUUCUGCUGUCAACAGUUUCUACUAGUGGCCCGAGGGCAGACCUGGUGUCAGCUCCAAAAAGGCCAACAGAGUUGUGGUACCUGGCGUGCCAACCUCCGUGACGUUUUUGGUUCCAGCUGGGCUUUGGGUCUUUUCCUGCCGGUGCAGACCGUUGAGACCGCACCUGGCAACUGGCAGGUCUACCAUGACCACAAACAUGACUGAAGAUCCUCUUGGGUGUAUGCCAUAUCAAUGUGUUGAUCGUAAUUUGAUGAGUAUGGACUAAGGGCUUCAGGUCAUUUGGCAGCAGGCUUGUAUAAGCCCAUGCAAGAGAUCCACCUUUCGAGUAGAUUUCUGUCAUCAUGGCACAAAUAAAGAGGCAGUUAUGUCAUAAAGAUGUGAUAUCCCCAUGUCGCUGUCCAUGAGCAGUGUGCUGAAACACCAAUUCAACCCUAUUAACAUCAGAAAAGGCGGACAUUGCUUUGACCAAAAUUAAGGGAUGGAUAAAUGUAAACUGUAUUUACAAAACAAAGCAAAGCUUAGUAAGUAGGACACUGUUACACAAUUGGCCUACUACAUGUGGGUGACGUUAAUGAAUUGUUUAAUUUGACAAACAAGCAGGUUGUGUUAAAUUUUACCAAUUCAGAACAGUAGUAUGUGCUACCAAAAAACACCUUUUAUACAUUUUUGUAAUCACAUAUGGAAACCUAAAAAUGUAGGAGUGUAUUGAUACUGUCUAGUUAAUAUGCAAAUAUUAUAGGUUAUAUUGUUAAAACGUCCUAAGUAAUUAGUAAUGAUGCAGGGUAACAUUAUUCCAGAAUAAAAAACAGGGUUAUAAAACA